CCGGGGGCGGAGCUGGGGGAUGAGCCAGAGCCGGGGGCGGAGCUGUGGGAGGAGCCAGAGCCAGAGCCGGAGCCUGAGCCUGAGCCGGAGCCGGAGCCGGAGCCUGAUGUCGCCCCGGAAACGCUCGCUGGGGAGCCCCGACCCCCCGAAUCACCCCCGGAAACGGAAGCGCCUGAGCAGGGCCGCGAGAUCCGCCGAGGGUCACCUGUCCAGCCCGCCGCUUCAGUCCAGGAAACGUGCCUCACCGUCCAGCCCGACAGGAUACAGUGUGGGGUGCAAGAUGGACUGCCAGGCCAGGGCUGAAGUGGAGUUUUCCUGCCAGGACUGCGCUCCCAAGCGUGAGCCGGGCACCUUUGAGAACGACUACACCGUCAGAGUCAAGGCCCCUGAUAUGCCUUCGGGCAUGGUGCUAGUGUCUCUGUACUGCAAUGACUCGGUGAUCUGCUCAAGGCCCAUUGCGUACUUCACCAGCAUGGGAGAACUGAGCAGCUGCCUAGAAAACAUAACAAAUCCCCUGGAUUUCAUGUGUCAGGCUUUUAAUAUAACCUCCAAUAGCACAGAGGCACUGGACAAUUUACUGACCGAGUCCCUUAGGAGCAGAAUACCCACAAGAGGCUUACACAUAUUUGGCGUGAGCCAAGUUGAGGAAGAAAACAUGUCAACUUACCAGCGGAGCGAAGAGCUCCCCACGCUGCUCCACUUCGCGGCGAAGUUCGGCCUGAGGAAGCUGGCGGCGCUCCUGCUGCAGUGCCCGGGCGCCCUGCAGGCCUACAGCGUGGCCAACCGCUACGGCGACUACCCCAACAACGUGGCCGAGAAGCACGGCUUCUCCAACCUGCGCCAGUUCAUGGACGAGUACGUGGAGACGGCCGACAUGCUCAAGUCGCACAUACAGGACAGCAUCGCGCAGGAGGGCGAGGAGGAGGUGUACGAGUCCAUGUCCGCCGCGUCGCGGGACAUGCUGAUGAAGUUCUCCCUCAACCCCGGCUGCUCGGAGGAGAUCUACGAGUCCAUGCUGGAGCUGGACCCAGACUGCGUGGAGGACCUCUAUGAGGAUAUGGAAAAAAUGCGGCACGAGGCCCUGAACCCGGAGGAGGCCUUACUUCGCAAGUUUCUCCUCGGUAAAGGAGACAAGUUCAGCACUGAAAAUGAAGGGGAGGAGGAGAAGGAGGAUGAGCAGGAAGAGGAGGAGCGGGGAGAGGAAGGGGAGGGGAGAGUGGCGGAGAACAGGUUGAGCUGGGAGGAAGAGGAAGAGGAAGAUGAGGAGGAGGACCCCUAUAACCUGUGUUUUCCGGAUCAAGUAUACGACACGGUGGAUGAGCUCCUCAGCUACGUCCCGGACGUCACCAACCGGCCUCCGGCACCGAUUCCCCGACCCACCGUCACCACCCAGCCAGAGGACAACAAAACCUACAUCUCCAGAGUGUUCCACGAAAAGCCUGUGGGCCACAGGACCACGCUGACACCUGGAGGACUCUAUUCAGUCCCCGCGAGGCCGGUCCGGGACAGGCUGUCCACCACCACCUACGACCCGUACGCGGGCAUGAGGACGCCCGGGCAGCGCCAGCUGAUCUCGCUACAGGAGCGGGUGAAAGUGGGGGCCCUGAACGUGGAGGACGCCGUCCUGGAGUUCAAGUCCUGGCAGCAGAACCAGGAGAGGCGCUCCCAGUCUCUGCGCUACCAGCAGGAGAAUCUUAAGAGGCUGAGAGACAGCAUUACCAGAAGGCACAAAGAGAAAGGAAGAACUGGAAAAGACAUAGAGAUCACCGGCCCGCUGCCUCGGGGCCUGCGUGGCGACGCGUCCCUGCAGGUGGAGUGCUGCGUGUACGAGACGGCGCCUCGUACGAUGACCCUGCCCCCCGUCUCCAACCCGCCCGCCAGGUCCAUGCAGAGAGGCAGCUGGCACAACGGGAGCGUCUCCAGCGUGUCCAGUGAGUGCAACGCCUACUCCGAAACACAGGCCUGCCCCUCUUCACAAACACUCUGCUGCUCAUCUUUACAAACACACUGCUGCUCCUCUUUACAAACACACUGCUGCUCCUCUUCACAACACUCUGCUGCUCAUCUUUACAAACACACUGCUGCUCCUCUUUACAAACACACUGCUGCUCCUCUUCAUAACACACUGCUGCUCAUAUUUACAAACACACUGCUGCUCCUCUUUACAAACACACUGCUGCUCCUCUUCACAAACACACUGCUGCUCCUCUUCACAAUCACACUGCUGCUCCUCUUCACAACGCACUGCUGCUCCUCUUCACAAACACACUGCUGCUCCUCUGCACAAACACUCUGCUGCUCAUCUUCACAAUCAAGCUGCUGCUACUCUUCACAACACACUGCUGCUCCUCUUUACAACAUACUGCUGCUACUCUACACAAACACACUGCUGCUCAUCUUUACAACACACUGCUGCUCCUCUUCACAAACACACUGCUGCUUCUCUUCACAAACACACUGCUGCUCCUCUUUACAAACACACUGCUGCUUCUCUUCACAAACACACUGCUGCUCCUCUUUACAAACACACUGCUGCUCCUCUUCUGCUAUUUUUCAUAAAGAAAACUUCAAAAUAUUGUGCUGCUCUUUUACCUCAGCACAGUUCAACAUACCUUUUUACUGAUAGAGCUGCUCUCCUUAUGCACCUUGCAAGUUGCACCUUCCCAUAAAUAUUAUUUUGGUUUGUUAAAAAUUAAAAAACGUAUUGAUAAGCAUAAAGAAAACAAUGCUGCCAUUCUCCUUCACAUUUAUAAAAACAGUGCAUUAGCUGAGCAGAUUGCCCUUAUCUAACGUGACACCCAUUGCUAAAUACACACUGUUCAUACUGCCGGCAGUAAACUGCCUGUUUACUGAGGCCAUUAAGUUAUGUGGUGAUAUCCCAGGGCUCGCUGACGGCCGUCUCAAUUAGACCUGAAGGUUAAACAUAGCACAAACAACUGCAGGGUGUUGAGUUGGUGUCGGUUUGCAAAAUACAGCGAGGGCUGAGGAGAGUUGCGAAGUUGUGGGGUCCAGGUAGUGAUUUUUCAUCCAUUGGUGGAUGAGAAACACAGGCAGUAGAGCUUGGUUGUGAUUGGUCAGGUUUACUCAGUCAAGUUAAGUGUUCAGUGAACGGAUUCUAAUAUAUAUAUAUAUAUAUAUAUAUAUAUAUAGCUCCAUAAUGGACAAAGGCAUAUUUUUCCUUGAUUUGGCUCUUUACACCAUUAUGUUGGAUUUAUAGUCAAAUAAUUCUUAUGUGGUUACAGUGAAUUGUUUGAUUGUAUCUUUUAUGAAAGGGUAUUGAAAUACAUUUUGGUUUCACCUUGUAGAAAUAGCAGCGCUUUUUAUACAUACCCCCCCCCCCCCCAUUUUAGGGCACAGUAAUGUUUGUCUUCGCUGGUGUUUCUGAUUAGUCAGUGGUGUUUGAUUGCUUCUUUGGUGCAAGUAUAAGUGCUUUUAGUAUCUAUUCUUUAUCCUAGGCUUUUAAUUGCUUUUGUAGUCUGUUGUUGGUGUUUGUCAGCAUAAGGACCAGAGUUGUACCAAUGAGAGGCUAGCAAGCCAUUAUGGGACUAAGAAUUAAGAACAAAACAGUCAGAGACAUACUAUAGGCCAAACCUUAGAUUCACAAAAAUCAACAGUUUGGGUCAUCAUUAAGAACAAAGAGCACUGGUGGAUGACUUAAAGCAGUCAUUGUCUGCAAAGGAUAUGUGACAAAGGGUUUUUUUUCCCCCACCACUCAUUGCAACAGAUUCCACUUUCUCUGGGGUGUUAAGUUUAGGCUACGUGCUGUGUGGUGCAAGAGAAUCGGCAGCUGUUUGUGGUCAUGAGCUCAGCUAAUGAUAUUACUUCAGAUUAAGCAGCUUAGUUUAUAAACCUGUUUCAGGCUUCUCAUCUGAUCUGAGAAAACAUUUCACCCAGCGUUCCAAAUAUCAGUUCUCCUUGCCGUAGGAAUGUCCAUCUGUUUUUUACAUUACAUUACAUUACAGGCAUUUAGCAGACGCUCUUAUCCAGAGCGAUUUACAUUGUAUCCAGUUAUACAGCUGGAUAUAUACUGGAGCAAUGCAGGUUAAGUACCUUGCUCAAGGGUACCAACGGCAGUGUCCUACCAGGGAAUCGAACCUGCGAGCUUUAGGUUACAAGACCAGCUCCUUAGCCAUUCUACUACACUGCCGCCCUGCCGUUUUUUCUUCCUGUCCGUAUGUCUGCGUAGGACGCAAUGCUUACACAAUUGCAGUUCCUCUGAAUUUCACUUAAUGGGAGCAAAAUGACAUCACCAGAUGCAGCCUCAUGUACAAUCUGGAGCAGUAUAAACCAAUCAGAAUGAGCUGAAUUACACCACACCGCACCACACCGCACGCUAGGCCAUCUUCCUCUGAGGUAAUUUCAACUAGUGUUUGGGGAAGGAAGUGCUGUCACGGCAGAGUGAUGCUUCUGUCUUGGGCGCCUGAGCACUUUACGGGAUAAAACAGUGGCCACUGUCCUUCUCUGGUUAAAGGGAUAGUUCACUUUAUAGGUUUUUUUUAAAUAGAAUGUCAUUUUUUUCAGAGUCUGUUUUCAGCUGGCUCAGACAGUUUUUGUGAGGGGGUGGGAGGUGGAGGGUGAGAUCACGAGUUUGUGGUUUAAAGCAAGAAAAUACACUUCAGUUAGCCUCAGGGUAGCUUAUUCAGUAACAUUACGUUUCCAGAGGCUGCAAAUAUCAACGCAUUAAUUUUAUAGUGUUCAUUCACCAUUAUGAGUACACAUAUCAGUUUUAUUUCCCUUAUGAAAAAAUCUAAAAAACGAUGUGUCCAAAAGCCACAUGUGAACACCCAACAUGAGAAGAGUACAUCUUUGAACUGUAAAAAUAAUCCCACUUAUAAGACGAGAGCUGGAAAAGGUAACCUAUGCUAUUUAUAUAUUUAGUUAUGUUUUGUCUUUACAGGACAAUUGCAGUUCACAUUUGAAAAUGUGAAAAUGUAGAAUUUCAUGUCACGUUUUGUUUUCACAUGGAAAUUUUCAUGCACAUGUGAAAAACGCCAAUCACAAGAGAAAACGUCCAGUUCACGUGUGACAUUGUCUUCUCGCAUGCACAUAUUUGAAUUCACAUGUGACAAUGCUAAAUUGUUAAAAUGUUAAACAACAGCUUUCUGUGCCAAUCAAACAUACACUAAAACUGAAAUAAUAUUUUUUUAAAUUUCAUAAAGUGGAAUUCUUGUAAGUCUGUUCAUGGUUCAGAUUUAAAAUCACUGAAUUAGCUGUCAGCUGUAAUAUUUUAGUCGCCCCAUCAGAAGUUAUAUGUAUUGCACGUCACUGCGUCCACUUUUGUUUAAUAAUACAUAUUAGCUAAAGUGUUUCGCUAGCAUUAACUUGCUUUUUGCUUCUAUUGGUUAUUAUACUUUUACCCCUUAAUAUUUCUCUCUAAGUAGUUAAAAAAAAAAACCCUAAUUUACAAAGGAAACCUGUCUUCCUGGCCAAAACAUGCUUCUGGCAGGUAGAAAAUAAAUAACCAUAUCACACUGCGAGCAUUCUGCGGUCUGGUGUGUAUAUUCUGUCUUUACUUCACCCACACGGGGAGGAAGGGGCUGACAUUUUGGGUUUGUGAGGGGGUGGGGGGUGAUGGGUGCAAUCACAAGUUUGUGGUUUAAUGCAAGAAAAUACUCUUCAGUUAGCUCCAGGUUAUAUAGUAACAUUAUGUUUCCAAAGGCUGAAAAUAUCAACAAAUUAAUUUUAUAGUGUUCAUUCACCAUUGUCAGUACACAUAUCAGUUUUAUAUUCCCUUCUGAAAAAAACCACAAGUCCAAAAGCCACAUGUGAACACCCAACAUGUGUAAGUACACAUGUGAACUAUAAAAAGAAUGCCUCCUGUAAGACGAGAGCUGGGAAAGUCACGCUUCGGGUCACAUUUUGUCUUCACAAGAAAAUUUCAGUUCACAUUUGUAGAAGUCAGUCACAUGAAAAUUCAGAAUUUCACAUGAUGUCACGUCAUGUUUUCUUUUCGCAUGUGGACAUUUUCACGCUCAUGUGAAAAACGCCAAUCACAUGUGAAAAUGUUAAAUUUUUAAAAAUGUUAAAUGAAAGGUUUCUGUGCCGAUCAAACAUACGCUAAAACUGAAAUAGUAUAUUUUUUAAAUUUCAUAAAGUGGAAUUCUUGUAAGUCUGUUCAUGGUUCAGAUUUAAAAUCACUGAAUUAGCUGUCAGCUGUAAUAUUUUAGUCACCCAAUCAGAAGUUUUAUGUAUUGCACGUCACUGCGUCCACUUUUGUUUAAUAAUACAUAUUAGCUAAAGUGUUUUGCUAGCAUUAACUUGCUUUUUGCUUUUAAUGGUUAUCAUACUUUUACCCCUUAAUAUUUCUCUCUGAGUAGUUUUAAUUU